AUGUUGUGGAAACCACGACUAUUCCCCACGUUGGGACUAGUCCUGCUCACUGGCACCGUCGCGGCCGAGGUAGAUCUCUCUCAGUAUGUGAAUGUAUUCAUCGGCUCCGAGGGCCCUGAUGGAACGGGAUACGGCGGAGGAGAUACCUUCGUUGGAGGUGCGCGUCCAUUUGGCGUUGCGAAGGUCGGUAUUGAUUCAACAGCUGUCAAUUGGACUACAGCCGUUUUGAAUGGCGGGUGGACGCCAGACGGCAAUGUUACCGGAAUCAGCAUGAUGCAUGAGAGUGGUACUGGUGGUGCACCAAAAUAUGGGUUGAUCGCUCAGAUGCCCCUGACUUUGGUUGAUUCUCCGGUUAACAUUCUUGAUAAUCAGACAUAUAGUCAGCCGAAAGUUGGGAAUGACACGGCGAGUGUGGGAUACUAUAAGACUCAGCUGGAGAAUGGUAUCACUGUUGAAUUAUCUGCAUCGCGUCAUGCUGGUAUUAUGAACUAUUCGUUCCCAGAAGGGGAGAAGCAUGUUCUUGUUGACGUGUCUCAUUAUCUCCCUGGAGCACCCGGUGACUCAGGAAGCCAGUUCUAUGUUGGCGGAGAGAUUCAGAUCGAAGAAGAUGGCAAGUCUUACACUGGAUAUGGAACUUAUGUUGGCGGAUGGAAUAAUGGUGCACCCUUCACCGUAUACUUCUAUGGAGAGUUCUCUGAAGCUCCAGAUCAGGCCCAGACAUUCAGCGGUGUUAAUACUGAUCCCAUUCCAAGAUAUCAAAACACGGCAAAUGGCGGAAUCAGCCAGCCUACAUAUGGAAACAAAACGAACAAGGUGGUUUCCGGACCGAUGACCAACAGAAUCGGUGCUCUCUUUAGUUGGGACUCUAGCUCUGCUUCACAAGUUAUCUCCCGUGUGGGCAUUUCCUCCAUUUCAACCGACCGAGCUCGCUCCUACAUCGAAAAAGAGAUUCCUUCAUGGUCACUGAAUGACACUGUGGCCGACGCAGUCAAGGAGUGGAAUGAAGAUGUUUUCAAUAAAGUCCAUGUUCCAUUGGACAAUUCAGCGAACGCCACAAAUAUCAGAUUACUCUACAGCUCUCUGUACUUCAUCCAUCUGAUGCCGUCGGACCGCUCCGGCGAGAAUCCCUUGUGGGAUUCUGGCGAGCCUUUCUGGGAUGACUUCUAUACUAUGUGGGACAUCUUUCGCUGCACUGUCAGCUUCUAUCAUAUCUUUCAACCCGAUUACUACGAGUCUAUGAUCCGGGCGCUCAUUGAUAUCUGGAAAUAUCAAGGGUACAUGCCAGACGGGAGAUCCGGAAACUGGAACGGUCUUGUUCAAGGUGGUUCCGAUGCAGACAACGUCUUAGCCGAUGCAUAUGUGAAGGGACUCCGAGGAGCCAUUAACUGGACUGAUGGAUACGCAGCCAUGGUCAAGAAUGCCGAGGUGACCCCCUACAACACAUUCGAUUAUACCGAUUACACGGCUAGCACAAAGGAAGGCCGUGGUGCUUUGGAUGACUGGAAAGAGCUAGGCUACGUCUCAGAGGACCAUAACACGCGCUGUAUUUCCCGCACUGUCGAGUACAGUCUCAAUGACUUUGCUGUUAGUCAGGUCGCUAAGGGUGAACAGCCUGGCGACGUGGAGAAAUAUGUCAAUAGAUCUGCUGGAUGGCAGAAUAUCUGGGAUCCAAGUGUGAAGAGUUUGAACUUUACUGGAUUCCUGGCGCCAAAGCUUUCGGAUGGGUCUUUUAACAACACUGACUAUGAUCCGCGUAUCUGUUUUGGUUGUGAGUGGAGCUCAUACACAUACGAGGGUGUUCCCUGGGAAUAUUCUUUUGUCAUUCCGCAUGAUGUUGAGACACUUAUCAAGCUCAUGGGAGGCUCGGACAAAUUCGAUUCGCGUCUUGAUAUGAUGUUUGAGCCAGAAAUGUCUAUUCAGAACCUAGGUGCAAAUGGAGCCGGUAUCACCACACUAAUGAACAUCGGGAACGAGCCUGACUUCGCCACGCCAUAUUUGUACAACUAUAUCAACAAGCAGCACAAGAGCGUCGCACAGACACGUAGUCUUGCCAAUCAAUACUUCCAUGAUGCCAACUACGGUAUCCCUGGGAACAGCGACGCUGGAGCCAUGAAUUCAUGGCUUUUGUGGCAGAUGUUGGGCAUCUAUCCUAUUGUCACGCAACCUGUCUACCUACUCUCUUCGCCGUGGUUCCCGGACUUGAAUAUGACUAUCAACGGGAACAAGACGUUACGGAUUUCCGCUACUGGGCUAGAUGAUGGAUAUUAUGUGCAGAGCGUGAAGAUCAAUGGUAAGCAAUGGGUGAAGAACUGGUUUGAGCAUGACGAUGUUAUGACAAAUGGUGGAACUAUUGAGUUCGAGCUCGGUAAUAACGCUACAGUGUGGGAGAGUGGUGAUGUUCCUCCGUCGCCUGGCCAUGUGGAAUUGAGUUAA